AUGGUACGCAAAAGAGGCUUCUCCAAUACUUCUUCGACCUCCUCUCUUCCAGAGGGAAAUCAGGAGCUAGAGAGUAUGUAUGACUACCUAGCAAAGGUUAUUCUUCUCGGUCCAAGUGGUGCUGGAAAGUCUUGUGUGCUCCACCGAUUUGUGAAGAACGAAUGGAGAGUGCUAUCGUCGCAAACGAUCGGUGUCGAAUUCUCCUCGAGAAUCGUUAAGUUAGGAGUCGGCCCUCGACGGACAAGGAUAAAGCUACAACUUUGGGAUACUGCAGGUACCGAAAGGUUCCGUUCUGUUUCAAGAUCUUAUUACCGGGGAGCAGCGGGGGCUAUUCUUGUCUACGAUGUAUCAUCUUAUACCUCAUUUGCGUCCCUUCCUACUUUCCUCAUGGAUGCGCGUGCCCUUGCAUCUCCUAAUCUAACCGUGUUACUGGCCGGGAAUAAGAUGGAUAUCACAUCCGACAUGUCGCUCCACAGUGACACCACAGAGGACGCCACUCGACCUCCCCCAACACCGUCCAGCACUUCCAGCAAACAAUCUGCCUUUGCAUUCGGCUCGGGUGGCGGUUCUGUCCGCUCUACCAGCCAUUUAGCGACUGGGACGCGCAUGACCGCUACACAUGCUCCCCAUGGCCGUGAAGUUUACUUUGAAGAAUCCUCCCGGUGGGCUGCGAAGUCAAACAUCCCCGUUGUCGUUGAAGUUUCGGCCCUCACUGGAGAAGGUGUGGAGGAACUAUUCAACAGGCUGGCCAGAAUCAUCUUAACUAAAAUUGAACUUGGCGAAAUUGACCCUGACGACCCUCAGAGCGGUAUACAAUAUGGCGACGGCGGCCUUUAUGGCCAUGGAACAAGCGACGGCUCCAGCAUACGGAGCCGGAUGACUCUCGAUGACAACGCAGUCCAACUGCACAAUCGGAAACCUACAAAUGCAAGUAGGUGGAAAAGCGGCAUGAGAGAAUGGGAGGAUGUCUUCCGGUUGAGUGGCUCACAUAACAAGAACGGCAAAGGGUGUUGCUGA